CAGUCAAAAUUAAGUGAGACAUGUUCGGACAACGACUGCUGCGGACACUGCUGGUCCUGGGGUGCCUGUGGGCCGCCAUGGCGGUUCCGGUCUCGGCCACCGAGAACGAGGAGUUCGAGGAUGCUGUUCCCGAGACGGAGUUCGACUACGAAGAGCGCCGCGGUCGUGAUAUUCCGUCCCAGGCCUAUGCUGCUCCGGUCGUCUACAACUCGCAGGCCAGCUAUUCGGCUCCCAAGUCUCAGGGAUACUCGGCUCCCGCGGCUCCAUCGUAUUCAGCACCAAAGGCUCCAUCGUAUUCAGCGCCAGCAGCUCCAUCUUACUCUGCUCCAGCUGCUCCAAGUUAUUCAGCUCCAGCUGCUCCAAGCUACUCAGCGCCUGCUGCUCCAAGUUAUUCAGCGCCUGCAGCUCCGUCGUAUUCAGCUUCUGCAGCUCCAUCAUAUUCAGCGCCAGCAGCUCCAUCGUAUUCAGCGCCUGCAGCUCCCAGUUAUUCUGCCCCAGCUGCUCCAUCGUACUCAGCACCUGCAGCUCCAUCGUACUCGGCUCCAGCUGCUCCAAGCUAUUCAGCUCCUGCAGCUCCAUCUUAUUCCGCACCAGCUGCUCCAUCGUACUCAGCACCCGCAGCUCCAAGCUACUCAGCGCCUGCAGCGCCAUCCUAUUCAGCGCCUGCAGCUCCAUCCUAUUCAGCUCCUGCAGCUCCAUCCUAUUCCGCUCCUGCAGCUCCAUCGUAUUCAGCCCCAGCUGCUCCAUCUUAUUCCGCGCCAAAGGCUCCAUCAUACUCAGCGCCUGCUGCCCCAUCAUAUUCAGCACCCUCAUCAUCAUCUUAUUCAGCUCCCGCCGCUCCAUCCUACUCUGCCCCAUCUGCACCUUCGUAUUCCGCACCUGCUGCACCUUCAUACUCAGCACCACCAUCAUCUAGCUAUUCAGCACCAAAGACUCAGUCUUACUCUGCUCCUGCUGCUCCAUCGUAUUCAGCACCUGCUGCUCCUAGCUAUUCAGCGCCUGCUGCUCCUAGCUAUUCAGCACCUGCUGCUCCUAGUUAUUCAGCGCCUGCUGCUCCAUCCUAUUCAGCGCCUGCUGCUCCAUCCUAUUCAGCUCCCGCUGCUCCAUCCUAUUCAGCACCCGCUGCUCCAUCCUAUUCAGCGCCUGCUGCUCCAUCGUAUUCAGCGCCUGCUGCUCCAUCCUAUUCAGCACCUGCUGCUCCAUCCUAUUCAGCGCCUGCUGCUCCAUCGUAUUCAGCACCUGCUGCUCCUAGCUAUUCAGCGCCUGCUGCUCCAUCUUAUUCAGCUCCCGCUGCUCCAUCGUAUUCAGCACCUGCUGCUCCUAGCUACUCGGCACCCGCUGCUCCAUCCUAUUCAGCGCCUGCUGCUCCAUCGUACUCGGCACCCGCUUCUUCGGGCUAUUCAGCAUCGCGAGCAUAUUCAGCACCGGCUGCUCCAGCUGCGGCACCAGCAUCCUCUGGAUAUUCAGCACCGAAGGCUUCUCCCGCUUCCUCCUCGGGAUACUCUGCUCCGGCGUCUUCCGGCUACGCAGCACCUGCCAAGGAAUCCAGUGGAUACUCGGCUCCCGCUGCUGCUCCGAAAUCCUCCGGCUAUGCCCGCAUGUACAUGGAUCACAUCGUUGGAAUGGCAAGGACAGCUGGUGGCUAUGGAGCUCCGGCUGCAGCUCCUGCUCCAUCCUACGGCGGAGCCUCGAUUCCCGCCCCUCCAUGUCCCAGAAAUUAUGUCUUCGGUUGCCAGAGCGUUUUUACCCCAGCUCCUUGCAGCCAGGGAUCAUCCGGCUACUGAACCCAUUCUCAUUCCCAGAUGUGACCCGAACUCUUGUUUAAUAAAAGAAAAAAUUAAC